CAACAUCUCACUUAGAGUAGACCACACCGAUUGUUCCUAAAAUGAGCAGCAUAAAAAUUGCACCUGAACUUCAUGACGGGUGAAGGCGGUGUACCUCAGUUUACACCUCGGAUCUCAAGUCACCCCACCAUUCGGAAUUCCGUCGCUCCUCAAAACACCCAAACUCCCCACCAACUAUACGAUCCUCCCAACCCAAACAGGCGAAACAGCCCCCUCCAAACAAGAAGACCUACCAAGAUUGUGCCAACUCAAAAUCCCACUGUGACUUCAACAAAGCAACUCACCCACCGACGAUGAGCCUAUACACCACCCCGGAGUUCAACUUCGGAACUCCGACCUACAGAGCGGGGAUGACAGCAUAGGUGGGGACUCGUCCAUAUAAAUUUCCCCAUGGGCAC